AUGGGCCGCAAACCCCAAGCCAGAAGUCGAGCGCCUACUCUCCAGUCUCGGCAAACUCUCUUCCCGCACAUCUCCUGUUUCUCUACGCUCCCUCAAUGCAGAGACCAAGCAACAACUCUCGAGGCCCUCUUCACGACCUACCUCGAAACAUGUGCCGCAGUACCACGGGAGAUUAUCGCCUCCUUGAUCCAAUUCGCUCCGACCCCAACCGCCGAGGCCCUACUCACAAAACUCAGCACCGACAAGACCGCCUACGACCACCUCGCCUCCUCCACCUACCUCAACCUUCCCCGCCUCCUCGAACACAUCGCCCCUAGCGAGGCCGCUUAG